AUGUUGAAACGCACCAGACGAGCGCCCAAGGCGUGCUCAUGGUGUCACCACCGCAAGGUCCGAUGUGAUGCUUCUCUUCGUGGCUGUCCGUGUACGCGGUGUCGACAGGAUGGUCGACCGGAUUGCAUACUGCGAGGGAAAUUGCCACGAAAUUUCCACGGGUUUGCUGUGACGCAGAAUCUCGAUAGUGAAGUAGAAACAGGUCCUAGUCUACCUUCAUCCGGAUCCCGCACUUUAUACCCCCGUCAUGUUGUCUACUCCGCGUAUCCGUUUCUUGAGUUCCAUGGUGAGAAAGCAUUAGAUCAGGAUGAUAUGGCCUAUCUGGCUGCAAAGGGGUGUCUUUCUUUACCGGAUAAAACCGUCAUCGAAGAAUUUGUCAAAGCGUAUUUCCUGCAUAUCCAUCCGGCUAUGCCGAUUGCCGAUGAAGCAGAGUUUUGGGAGAUAUUUUACAUGCGCGAUGAAAAGACUCCACGGAGACUGUCGUUGUUUCUCUUCCAGGUCAUUCUCUUUGCCAGUGCGCCAUAUGUCGCGUUAGAGGUUCUUCAGAAAUGUGGGUUUGAUGAUAGACGGAGUGCUCGGAAUACUCUUUAUCAGAGAGCUAAGCUGUUGUUCCAUCUAAAAGCAGAAGAUAGACCCUUCAUCCAAGCCCAAGGCGCUGUUCUCCUCACACUUCACACUACAGCGGACGAACCCCAGGCAGGGAGUCUCUGGCUUGCUCGCGCCAUUCAAGCAGUGAUGGUUCUCGGCUGCAAACCAGCGCCCUCCGAGGAUACACAGGGGGCAAUGAAAAAGAGACUCUGGUGGUCGAUCAUCCUGCGCGAUCGGAGUCUCUGUCUUGGACUCCGUCGUCGACCACAGGUGACUUCGAUUGAUUUUAGCAUGGACGUCGAACCGCUGGAAGAGGAGGAUUUCACGGAGGAGAUCGACAACUCCCAGGUGUAUGACCCGCGCACGAAGCGACUGCUUUUCAAGGCCCUUCAGGAGCAGUGUCGUCUAGCCGUCCUGCUGACGGAGAUGGUCUCGUUCGUGUUUGCGUCGCAUGGACUGUCCACCCCGCGGUUAUCUUGUGAAGAGUUCCGAGAGUCUCUGGCUAGGGUCAGUCGUAUCAAAGCGACCUUGAAGCAGUGGGAGACGUGUUCGAAUAUGUCGACCUGGAUGAAAGAGGACCUGCCAGAGGCUGUUAAUCUGUUCGUCAACUUCACCCUAAUGUAUUACCACACCGCUCGGAUCGACCUCGCGCACUACGAAGCCCUCCUGGUCGAGAACCAUAUCAUCUGGUCCGGAUCAAACUACAUCUCCCAGCUGGUUGAGACAGGUACUGCUCUUCACGACGCCAUGGAUCAUCUCAUGUCUAUCAUGGAGUAUUUCAGUCGGGAAGGACAAGCGCAGAAUCUACCUCUGAGCGUACUAGCUUAUGUCUCCAUGCCUCUAGUCCUCACAGCCAUCGAUCUUAAACUGUCCCCCUCCUCAGUGGAAAUGGCCUCUCGACGACGUCGUCUUGACGCCCUCGGCGAAAUCAUCCGUCAUUCGGGACGCGCAUACGACGUGACAGAUUUCAUCAGCAACGGCACAAACCAUCUUCUUCAUCUAGCGUAUCUCACCUCGCAGCACUUCUUUCGGUGCUGGGAUCGCGAUACCCCGUCGACAGCAGCAGGGAGCGAGGCGAUUGCUGCCCGCCAUCGUGAGAGAUCGCAACGCGCUAACGGGUGGUACGAUGCCUUCUUGCGAUGUCCGCGCGCAUAUCUUUUAAUUUCCACCUCGGUGGAUUACAGUUUCUCCGUGGGCCGGUUGCCGACUGAUAAUGCGUUGCCCGAGUUGGUUCGCUGUAUUCCGCCGAUUGGGAUUGGGAUUCGAUUACCGUGGACUGUUGACGUCGGGGAACGCGUGUCAGAUCGAAUCCAAGCUGUGACGCCGUCAAGCGGUGAUGGAGAGAUUGCACGAUUGCUGACCCUCCCGGGAUCGACGGAUCAUGACUCAGUUAAUCUGGAUUAUCUCUAUCUGGAUGUUCCAUCGAUGGACUCGACCAGUUCGACUACGAUGCAUCUGGUAGAUAAGGGGGCAGAAGAGGAUGGUUCUGUGGAUUCGGAUUUCGUCGUGAAUGCGCAAUGGCAACUCGAUUACGCAGCGCAAACGUUUGAUCCUUGGAUUACGUCCGUGGAUGAGUAUUCGAGUCCAAUAUUGGGUGAAGCUAUCGCUCUUGAUUGA